AGGCAGGUUAGAGGCUUCUCUGCCUUUUUAAUUUUAACAAGUAUUUACUGAGUACAUAGUAUGUGCCUAGCACUGUUCUAUGUGCUGGGAAUACAGCAAUAGAGCUCACAUUUGUAGCAGGUGGACAGGCAAUAAACUAAAUGAGAAAUAGAUUUAUAAGAGGUAGUGACAUACUAUGAAAAAAAAAAUAGCAUACGGACAGUGGGGGUUGGGAGGAGGGGUCGUCUUACUCUUUGAGAACCCACCUCUCUUCCUCAUGCUCAUGUUCUCAUUCCCCCUCUCCCAGUCUGCGGAUUUGUCUGUCCACAACUGGAAAAUAAGAUUUUUCUUUAACUUAGUGAGGAAAAUAUGAUAGGCAGAUGGCUGGAAAGACAAAUACUGUGGAAUGUAAACUAAACAAAACCAGGACUUGUCAAAGCAGUGUUUUUAGUACACAUUAUUAAGUAAUAUAACCCCAAAUACGUUUUGGUUUCUAUAGUGAAGUUCCCUUUAUCAGAAAGCCAACUUUAAUGCUGCUAUCGCCGGUGCUUUUGUUUGCCUUUUGCUCACCCAGGUCUUGCCAAACCUUAUAAAAAGAUCAAAGAGUCUUUUUGAGGAUUCUGCUGCAGGAAGGCAGCAGUGAAGGACUCUGGAAAGGACAGUAUCUUUUGUGCCAGUUCAUAAUGGGUUGGCUUCAGCUGUUUUUCCUCCACCCUGUCUCACUUUACCAAGGUGCUGCUUUUCCUUUUGCACUUCUGUUCAAUUAUCUCUGCAAUAUGGAUUCAUUUUCCACUCAUGCCAGGCACCUCUUUCUCCUGGCUGGAGGGAGCACCCUGGCCCUGGCCGCCAUGGGCCGCUUUGCUGUGCUUGUUCUCAUGCCUGCUCUGUGUGCCGUGGUUCUGAUCUACUCACUCAGCCCACAGGAGGUCCACAGGUGGACUUUCUUCUUUCAGAUGAGCUGGCAGACACUAUGUCACCUGGGUCUGCACUAUACUGAGUAUUACCUGCAGGAGCCUCCUUCCACAAGGUUCUGCAUCACUCUUUCUUCCCUCAUGCUCUUGACCCAGAGGGUCACAUCCCUCUCUCUGGACAUUUGUGAUGGGAAAGUGGAAGCAGCAUCAGAAGGCAUCAGGAGCAGGAGCUCUUUGUCUGAGCAUCUGUGUAAGGCGCUGCCCUAUUUCAGCUACUUGCUGUUUUUUCCUGCUCUCCUAGGAGGCCCUCUGUGUUCUUUCCAGAGAUUUCAGGCUCGUGUUCAAGGGUCCAGCUCUGUGUGUCCCAGGCACUCUUUCUGGGCUCUAACUUGGAGGGGUCUGCAGAUUCUGGGACUGGAGUGCCUAACAGUGGUCAUGAGGGGGUUGGUGAAUGGAGGAGCGGGACUGGCCGACUGCUGUCAGCUCCAGUGCAUCUAUGUCAUGUGGUCCACAGCUGGGCUCUUCAAACUCACCUACUACUCCCACUGGCUCCUGGAUGACUCCCUCCUCUAUGCAGCAGGCUUUGGAUCUGAGUUCGGUGAGAGCCCUGGCCAGGAGGGAUACAUCCCUGAUGGGGACAUUUGGACACUGGAAACAACCCACAGGAUAUCUGUGUUCACGAGAAAGUGGAACCAAAGCACAGCUCAGUGGCUCAGGCGCCUCAUAUUCCAACAAGGCAGGACCUGGCCAUUGUUGCAGACAUUUGCCUUCUCCGCCUGGUGGCAUGGACUCCACCCAGGACAGGUAUUUGGUUUCCUUUGCUGGGCUGUGAUGGUGGAAGCUGACUACCUUAUUCACACCUUUGCCAAAUUGUUUAUCAGAUCCUGGCUGCUGCGGCUACUCUAUAGAACUCUCACCUGGGCCCACACCCAGCUCAUCAUUGCCUAUAUAAUGCUGGCCGUGGAGGUCAGGAGCCUCUCCUCUCUCUGGUUGCUAUGCAAUUCUUAUAACAGUGUCUUUCCUAUGUUGUACUGUAUUUUGCUUUUCCUAUUAGCAAAGAGAAAGCAUAAAGUUUACUGAUAUCUUUCCCAGCCUUCAUCUUAUACAUCCAUGAAACAGAAUUUAGAAAGUGCCAGAUGGCUGUUGUUGCCAAUAUUUGAACUCUUUCAUAGUAAAUUAAAAAAAUAUAUAUAUUGGAUGAAUAUUGCUUGAAAGGGGAAAGGAUAGUCUUAACAAUAAACAGUGAUGGAAGUGAAUAUUCAUGUGGAAAAAAAAUGAACCUAAACUCUUAUUUCAUACCACACACAAAUAUAACUUGAAAUGAAUCAUAGUCCUUAAUAAGAGGUAAGACUAUAAAACUUCUAGAAGGAAACAGAAGGAAAAUCUUCAUCUUAGAGGUAGUCAAGGAAUCCUUAAACUCAGAAAAAAGCAGCAACCAUUUUUAAAAGAAAAAGUGAUAACUGAUUUCUCAAAAUAAAAAUUUUUGCUUUUUAAAAGACAUUACAAAAGCAAAACACAAACUUCAGAAGUAAAAUAACAUAAUACAUAUAAUCUGACACAGGACUUUACAACUCAGUAAUAAGAGCCCAUACAAUAAAAAUGUGCAAAAAAUUUGAACAGACUUCACAAAAGAAUACACUUCACUUUUUAGCUGUUAUAAGUUUUCAUGUACAAGCUUUUAUAUGGAUAUUUUCAGAGUGUUGGGUAUACACUAGGAGUGAAAUUGCUGGGUCAUAUGGUAACUAUGUUUAACUUUUUGAGGAACUGCAAAAGGUUUUUCACAGCAGCUGAACCAUUUCAAAUCCCCACUAGUAAUAUAUGAAGCUUCCAAUUUUCCUGCAUCCUUACCAACUUAUCUUUUCCAUUCUAGCCAUCCUAGGGGGUGUGAAGUGGCAUCUCAUUAUGGUUUGCAUUUGGAUUUCCCUAAUGUUGAGCAUCUUUUCACGUGCUUACUGGCAUUUAUAUCUUCUUUGGAGAAAUGGCUAUUUGGGUGCUUUACCCAUUUCUUAACUGGGUUAUCUUUCCACUGUUAUUUAUGUAUUUUGGAUACUUAAUCCUUAUCAAAUAUAUAAUUUGCAACUACCUUCUAUUCUGUAGGUUGUCUUUUCACUUUCUUGAGUGUCCUUUAAAGCACACAAGGUUUAUAUUUUUGAUGAAGCACAAUUUAUAUAUUUUUUCUUUGGUUGCUUGUUGCUUGUGACAUCUAAGAAACCAUUGCCUAUCCAAGGUCAUGAAGAUUUACACUUACAUAAAUCUCAGAUUUUCAUAGUUUAGCUCUUAUAUGUAGGUCUAUGAUCCAUUUUGAGUUAAUUUUUGAAUACAGAGUGAGGUAAGGGUCCAAUUUCAAUCUUUUGCAUGUAGAUAUCCAGUUGUCUCAGCACCAUCUGCUGAAAGCAUUAUUCUUUCCCCAUGGAGCUGUCUUGGCACCUAAAGUUGAUUUUUUUUUUAAAAGUAAGAACAACAACAAAAUCAUGGGAAUGCUUGGGGGAACAAAAGUUAAGCAGAUCUCCACUAGAAGUGCCCCAUACCUGUAACCCAGAGGUCAAGAAAGCACUGCUCUCCCC